AUGAGCGGCAGGGGCAAAGGAGGUAAAUCGCGGGCUAAAGCGAAGACAAGGUCGGCGCGAGCUGGUCUGCAAUUCCCCGUGGGUCGUGUGCACCGUCUGUUGCGUCGUGGCAACUACGCGGAGCGCGUGGGCGGGUGCUGGAGCACCGACGCGUUGGCCGCUCUACUUGAUUUCAACUCUCACCUGGUGUCUUCGGGACGCGUGGUCCUCCUCGAUACCGUUGCAGACGCUAUUCCCGUAUUAUUGACCACUGGGUACCGUCUCUUUGCUAUUGCAGCCUAUGCCAUCUCUGCUGCUCACAGUUCCCUCCUUCAAGCGCUCGAACAAAUGGAGGGAAAAGCUCUGUUGAAGGGCCCCAACUGGUAUCUCUUCCACUGGACACUAGCUCCAGUGAAGAAGGCGAUGCGUGACAUGAGGUCAGGCAAAGGUGCUGUUUGGGAGUUAGCAAUGUGGAACAAGUGCAUUAAUUUGAAGGAGGCGGUGACUUGCAAUACGGCGGUGGUGCAGACAACCAUUGUAACUGGUAGAGAUGAAAGAGAUGCAGAAGUCGCUGCCGCCGUACGUGGUAUUAGGCAUUUGAUUGGGUAA